ACAGGAAGUUUAUCCCAGGCAUGUAUAAAGACACUUCCUGUGGUCUUCUCAAAAGAAACAUAUUUUGAAACAUUCAUGGCUUGACGUUACAUUAAGAUAAUAAACAUACUUAUAAACAGCAGCCCAAGAUGAACUACGUACCAGGGACGGCAAGCCUCAUUGACGACAUCGACAAGAAACAUCUGGUGCUGCUCCGAGAUGGCAGAACACUGAUCGGUUACCUCAGAAGCAUUGAUCAGUUCGCCAAUUUAGUUUUCCACCAGACAGUUGAGCGCAUCCACGUGGGGAAGAAAUUCGGAGACAUCCCCAGAGGAAUAUUCAUUGUGAGGGGGGAGAAUGUGGUGCUGCUCGGAGAGAUAGAUGUGGAUAAGCCCUGCGACACACUCCUGCAGCAGGUCUCCAUCGAAGAGAUCCUGGAGGAGCAGCGGUUGCAGCAGCAAGCCAAACAGGAGACGGAGAAAGUCAAAAUGCAGGUCCUGAAGGACCGAGGCCUGUCCAUCCCCAAAGCUGAUAACUUAGACGAAUACUAACGCCGUCACCUUGAUUCCAUGAGCCUCUUUUUCAGUAUCAGAGUCGGACUGAGAGGUUUUUACGUUUUGAGUUUGAGAGAGCAUGAGAGAGUGUUUUUUUGUUUUUAUGGGUACAAGGCAGCAUCAUGCUGGGUUUGUAUACUGUAGUGUACUGUAUGAAUUUAAUUUGGAGAAAAAAUGUGUUAGCUAAUCUCAGUUUUGCAGACAUGACAGCGAAAUGAAAAAUGUGUUUGUCCUAAGGAUCACUGUUGGCUAUUCAGCAAUUAUUUGACAGCAGCACUUUCUAUUUGUGUCUUUUUAUUUGGAGAUCAGUGGGCCUGCUCUGAUAAAAUCUACUUGCUAUGCUCCAUUAAAGAGUUUAGUUUUUCAUUAUGAAGGGCGUGUCUGUGUGAUCACACUAUCUGACCAUUGUUUUACCUCCUCUGCUGUAUUUAAUGUAUUACUAAAGCAUGAAGGGUUUAAAUAUUUGCAGGGCUCCAGGCUAAGCUUUUACACUGGUUGCACUGGUACAGCCAACUUUUCCCAGGCAAAGUUACAGUGAGCAUUAAUGUUAGCCAGUUUAAAAAGAAGCAGGAGGAGAUUUUUCUUGAUAUAGUUUUAUUUUUGACAUUAUAUUUUAUGGUUCUAACUGUAGAAACACUAGCACUUUUAUUUCCACAGGGGCCUCCAAAAUCAACAAAAGGAGUUCCUUGGAG